AUGUCUGUCAACAAGGUGGGCUUUGUUCCAAAUCUGACAUUUGUGUCCAUAACCGGGCCCACACUUGACAAUAUCAGGGCGAAAGCAGUGGGGGCUCACACUACCAGAGCCAAUUUUACACGACGACGACUGCGCCUGGUGCGGGAAUAUGCUGCUCAAAAAGAGUGUGCCGCGAGCGUUGAGCCUCUACAGGUCGAGGAAGAUGGCCAGACCACGAAUCGUGACCAAAUAGUUGAUAUUCAGCUCCCCAUCUUCAGUCAUCCAGGCUUGGACCAAAAAUUGAAUCCAAAAGAAGCAUUCUUCAUCAACCAUUUGACGCAAGCCAUGGGAAAGCUCCAUUUAGUUACGAACAUGCCAGCACUAGACACUUCCUUAGCUGUGAUGCAAUCUGACUGGGCUCACUUUCUUCCUGAUCCUACUAUGCUCGAUGUCUCUCUGUACUUUGCUGGAUAUGUCUAUGCAGCGCGACGGUAA